CCAUUGACUCCAUUCAGACCUUUCUUCCCGUUUGGAAAUCUCUGGAAAUUUCAUUCAUUUGCUCGCCGCGCAACGAUUGCAGAAUUUUUGUACUGUGCAGGGGAAUCGGGGUUCACUCCCACUUAGUUGGAGGUACGUGUGAGAGAAUGGGGAACCACGUGCGACAAGUGGUGGUGGUGGGGGCAUUCUUCUUGCCUCGUCUCCUCCGCCAUCUUCAACGAUAAAAACGAACAUCCCUUCUGCUUCCGCCUCCAUCUCCAAGAGGCGCCCCUCUCGACCACCAUCCGACACCAACCUCUAGAAGGCAAGAGAAACCCUAAUCCCCCCUGCCCUCUUCUCCUGCCAGUUCCCCUCCGCGUCUCUAGAAAUGGCUGCUGCCAUCUUCUCCUCUUCGUCAUCGCUCCCAAGGGACGGUCUCUCCUCCUCCGGCCACCUCCCGGUUCCUCCCUCUCGUGGGCAACCUGAUUCGCUCAAGAUCUCCGAUUCGAGAAGCAGAUCUUCGGUGGAGGUUGGUUCUUUGAGUUUCAAGGCUUCAAGGGAGGCUACUGUACUAGCCAAAGAAAUUGCAGUCUGUGAACCCAAAAAGUCCAAGGCCCAUGACGAAUUGGACCCAUUUGAGGAGAUGAAGCAUAGCUUUCUAACCUUCAAGAACCAGCAGUUUCUGAAAAACUUGGACCACUUCCAAAACCUUGCUGAAGCCCAAACUCCGAAGUUUAUGGUAAUCGCAUGUGCGGACUCCAGGGUCUGCCCUUCCAAGAUCUUAGGAAUUCAGCCUGGUGAUGCAUUUACAAUCAGAAAUGUCGCAAAUCUGGUGCCAGCAUUUGAGAGUGGGCCAUCUGAAACUAAUGCAGCGCUUGAAUUUGCUGUGAAUACUCUCGAGGUCGGUAACAUAUUUGUAAUUGGCCAUAGUCGAUGUGGAGGUAUUAGAGCCCUUAUGUCUAUGCAAAAUGAAGCAAGUGCAAGUGGCUUUCUUGAGAACUGGGUCGUUACGGGCAGACACGCCCGUGCUGCUGCAAGAGUUCAUUCGGGCAGUCUCAGCUUUGAUCACCAAUGCAAGCACUGUGAGAAGGAGUCAAUUAACCAAUCACUGUUGAGACUGUUGACAUAUCCUUGGAUAGAGGACAAGGUGAGGAGAGGCAAACUUAGCAUCCACGGUGGGUAUUAUGACUUCAUUAGCUGUACGUUCGAGAAAUGGACUUUAGAUUAUACGGGGAGACAAGGUUAUGCCAUAAAAGAUCGUUGCUUUUGGUCCUGAUCUUCAUAGAGACAAGUCCUGAGAGUAUUUAUGCUUCAAAUCAUGGAUAAAGCUCCACUGGAUCGUGUGAUAGAUCCCAGUUAUAUGCUGAUAAACGGUAGUCUUAAUUUGGUAGAAGAGGAUCCUUUUGUCUGUAAUAGUUUUUUUUUUUGUUUUUUUUCCUUUUCUGUCGUUUUUCUUGAAUGUAUGUUAGUUUGAUAAAUUCAGCCUCUUCUGUUGUUCUUGUAAUGAUAUUUUCUGCCAUUGAAUGGCAUUGUGUUCCUAUUA